CUGGCUUUGGAAAGAUGCAAGCAAGGAAUGAAUGAAGGUAUUUUGGCCAAAGAAAGCAUGACUGCAGCAGAAAGGAGCUGAUGCCUCUGCUGGCGGAUGACGCUUUGCUGCCGUCUCCGAGGAAGCUCCUAGCACAACUCCAGAGCAGCCGAACUGGAGCCUUUACCUAAGAGGUAGGAAUGGGCAAAUGACAAUUUUACUUUCUCAUUUUUCCAAACCUAAGUUCAGUUUUCCACAUUUCUGCAUCAGUUUGCAAUUAUAUUUUAAAAAAAAAUAUAUUUUUUAAAAACAUGAAAUUCAAGCCUAUUCCCCCCAACACAUUUUUGUAUGCAAAGUAUACACAUUUUUGCAAAAAACAAAACCAAACCCCAAUGCAAUGCAUUUUUUUUAUACAUUACUUUUCUUCCUUUAUACAUAAAAAUGUAAGGGAGGUUAAAUGGAAGCGGGAGGUGCUUCACACAGUGGUUUAGCAAGUCACACUGUGAAGCGCCUCUUCCCUCCUUUAAAAGAGAAGGGGCUGGGAGCAAACCGGUGCUGGUGGGGGAGGCAAGGGGAUGGGUGAGGGGUAAAGGGUGGUCAGGGGUGGGUGAAGGGUGGCUGGCAAAUGAGUAGGCAGAGUUGGCGGGCAGAGCAAGCGGGGGGGGGGGGGAAGCCCCUAAUAUCAAUAUAUACAUUGUCUCAAGCCUGCACACAAUGCAAUGUCUGCACACAUUACUGGGCUGGGUAGCUUCGGUGCAAAAUCCAGAGCAGUGCAGAUUUUGAAGGGUUUCUGUGAUAAGCAAAGUCUGGGGGGACAGCUGUUUCCAUUAACGCCCCCCUUCCCCAAGUUUGUUUAGGGUGAUGUUGAUUUCCCCUCUUUUUGUCUUUUUCAGUAAGGCAGAACCUCUGCAUUGCAACAGUAUGUUAGACAUUUCACUUGGCAGCAACAGCUGUAGCACAGUGACUCAUGAAGCAGAGAAGGGAGGGGAGUGUGUGUGUUUGUGUGGCAAGCAUCAAUGCCCCACACAGGAGUCCGUCAGCAACUGACCAAGGAUCCCAUGUCACAGCUGGUGACGUAAGAUCUGCAGAUCUUGGUGAGAAUCCCGAGUCCCCAUUCCUCCGUGUCCUGUUGUGACCCUUAAUAUUAACGCCGCUGCUUCUCUCUCUGUGUGUGUCAGUUCCUGCCUGGUACUCUGUCCUCCCACUUCAGAUGCGGCAGAGCUGGUAAGUGUACGGAGAUUUCCUGCAAGUCCCCACCCCAUAAUAACCAGCGCAUGCUCUUCCUGGCCUAUAACACUCCUCAGCAGAUAAACGCACCUUUCGGAAUGAGUCAGAGGAGGAAAGCUAGUCUCAGUUAUAAAGGGUGUUUCCCUCCCUUUUCUCUCCUUAUGUUUUGCAGUGCCCUGGUGACAAACAGGGAAACUGGAAUGAGCAACUGUGGGUUUUGUGUGUGAGCCUGCCUGCUGAGGAACUCAAAGGUGGCAUGGGGACCGGUAUGAGUAAGGUACAAUCCUUGGGGUUCAUUGUAACUUAGCAAAAAGUGGGAAUGGGGGUGGUAAGGUAGUAUGUUAUUUUAUUUUAUUAUUUUAUUUGUUGCAUUUAUAUCCCAUUGUUUCCUCCAAGGAGCUCAAGCUGGCUUACAUGGUUCUCCCCCUGUUCAUUAAAUCUCAACCACAACCCUGUGGUGUAGGUUAGGCUGAGAGGGACUGGUCUUCAAGGUCACCCAAUGAGUUUCAUGGCUGAGUGGGAUUUGAACCCUGGUCUCCCGGGUCCUGGCUGGACACUUGGCCAACAAGACCGCACUAGCACGACUGGGGCUGAUGGGACUUGGUAGUCCCCCAAAAUCGAGAAGGGACCAGGUUGGCGAAGAUUGCAGUGAAGCAAUUUGUGUCAAAGAAAUAAGGCUCAGUUUGAGCAGUUGUGGAGCAGCUGGUGGCGCAGCAGGGCCGCACCCCAGGGCCAAAGUCCAGUCUCCUGCCCUCCCCCACCCAUGACGAGGAUGGAAGCAGCAGCAAACAGACACUGUAUGCUGGGGCUGAACAGGCUUGAUGCUGGCCAUCCCAGUGUCCUCCCUUCCUUUCUUUUUAAAAAGAAAGCCAGGUAGGCAUGUAAACGUUUUUAUUAUGUUUACCUUAAAAAUUGGCUCACUAUUGUCGGGUAUGUGUUAGCAACGCAUCAGCAGCAAAUUCUAAUUAUCAAUUAAUGUGGCUGUGAUUUAAGUGAGUCUGAGAAUGCACACCAGGCAUAGGCAAACUUGGCCCUCCAGAUGUUUUGGGACUACAACUCCCAACAACCCCAGCUAACAGGACCAGUGGUCAGGGAUGAUGGGAGUUGUAGUCCCAUAACAUCUGGAGAGCCAAGUUUGCCUAUGCCUGAUGCACACUUUCGUAUUUUUAAUCGGGUGGCAAAACCAACUUUUUUGGUGGCUUUUUGCUUAAACACAGGAGUUUUCAAACUGUGGACCACCAGUGGUCCAGAAACUUCACUCAGGUAGUCUUUCAAAGCAUGUCUACAUUCAGUAGUCAUAUUGAUUUUCAAUUGUAUGUUUAUCGCUUCUUUCAUUAGAAAUUCAGUUUGAUUGAUUGCAAAUUGUAAUACAAUAGUAUACAAUGUAAAAAAGUAAACACUGAGCCAGUGUGCUCAGAAUGUCCGACCAGGACCUGAAAGACCAGGGUUCAAGGAACUGAAGCUCACUGGGUGACCUUGGGCCUAACCUACCUCACAGGGUUGUUGUAAGAAUAAAAAAUGGAGAGGGGAGGACCAUGUUAGCCACUUUGAGCUCUCUGAAGAAAAAGAAAGUGGGAUAUAAAUGCAAUAAUAAAUAAAUGAAUAAAUUAAUAAAUGAAUGAAGCAAGCAAGCAAUAAAAAUACAAUUAAAAACCAUGCAGUAUCGAGCACAGUGCAUCACAACUGCUACAACAGACACGGUCCUUGGUGAGCAUGGCUCUAAUGUAUCAGGGAUGCAGAGGUAGUUGUAAGCCAUGGAACAGCAGGGUAGAGGGAAUAGAAGCUUGAUUGUCAGCUCCACGACUGAAGCAGCACACCUGAUCAUCGCUGUAAGACCAUUAAGUCCAUCAUGUAAAUUUAUCCAGCUGCUCCACUGAAGAGCACUGGAUGGAAGGAUGAGCUGAGAAGCUGCUAGUUCAAAUUUUCAUGACAUAAGAAGACCCCCGUUAGAUCAGGCCAAGGGCCCACCAAGUCCAACACUCUGUCUUCACAGUGGCCAACCAGAUACCCCAGUUGGGAAGUGAGCAAGCAGGACCUGAAUACAACAGCACUCUCCCUGUUUGAAAUUCCCAGCAACUGGUAAUUCAGAGGAAUACUUGCCUAUUGCGAAGAAUUUACAGUGGCCCCAAGCAAGCUAUAUUCCCUCAGCCUUCCUUGUCUGCAAUAUGAGCGAUAACAACAAUGGCCUACUUUGCAGGGAUGUUAGAAGGAUUACUAAACUAUUGGUCUGUGUCUCCAGAGAGCUCCCAACUCCCUCCAGUUUACUUUUCCCACUUAGUGAGCCUUCCACCCCACUUACACUUGCUGCAGCCUCCUGUUUUUAUCAGAAGACAUUCAGCAAUAUUGGUUGGUAUUCUUUUUAACAACAACAACAACAACAACAACAACAACAACAACAACAACUCACUGAAGAACUAUUUGUUUAACAUGCAGCUGGGUGCCUGGCAGUGGGAUCAGUUUACUGCCUGUACAGGGAAAGUCACAGCUUUAUUGAAUUAAAAUUAGAUCCUCUGACCCAGAUAAAAAUGCCUGCUCAAAUCAGAGACUGCCGACCUCCCUGUUUCUGGAUUGAAAUAAUUGUGGACAAGAGGUUUUCUCAGCUGGCUGGCUCACUUUCCUGCAAAGGUAGGCAGGAUAUUCAGCAGAGGCAGGUCUAUUAGGGCAAACGGGACACUGUCCCACCAAACUCAGCCUGCUCCUACUUGCCUGCAUUCCUACUUCCAACCAGUUCAAGGAGGGUGGUCCUGCCUGUCAGCUUCAUCUUCCUUAGUCUCAAUGUUGCCCUUGUAGAACACAGCAGGGAGGAGGAUGGGGGCAAAACUAGUUGGCUGAGUUGGCUCAGUUAGUACAGUAAUUGUCUGCAUCUGCCACUGGCUCUGGCUCCACCUACUGUUGGGCUCCCUGUCUUACACCCUACCAGCUCCUAUAGGCACCACCCACCAUGGAGGAUAGCUCAUUGUCUUAAUGCUUUCUACAAAAUCUGACUCGUUCAGGUCCUAGUCUGACGCUCUAACCACUAUACCACACUGCCCAAGUUCGUUUUGUUAGGAGGCAGGUGGGGAACACAGCACGUUGUAACUGUUCUUUGCUCUUCAGAGCAGGAGGAAGGAAUGAGAGAGAGGGGUCCUGUUUUGUUCAGAUGUCUCAAGCUAAUCAUUUAAAAAUAGCACCUUCGUGUGUGCCUGCCCUGGAUGCCGUCUCUCGUUGUGGAGUUGUUUGGAAGAUCUGCGCUGGCUGCUAUAGAAACGCAAAACAGAGCCAUGGAGUCUCUGGGCCACAGCAGACCCUUGCUGCUGGUGUGAAGCCAAGCCGUGUCUGUUUGAAAGGUCACGCCGGGAAGGCCUGAUGUUUAGGUUGCCUGGCGCUUGGUGUGUUCCUUGUGAGGCUGGCAGUGGGCGAAGGAUUCAGAAUGCUGCUUUUUAAAAGGCACCAAAUCUAUGCCCAAGUCCUAGAACUGAGCUCACAGUCCUCUCAUAGGAAGCUGAGAUGAUAGAUAGAUAGAAAGAUAGAUAGAUAGAUAGAUAGAAUGAUAGAUGAUAGAUGAUAGAUGAUAGAUGAUAGAUGAUAGAUGAUAGAUGAUAGAUGAUAGAUAUGCAGAGUUGGAUCAUGUGUGCAUCUAGCUCUGGCUGAUCUACACUGACUAGCAGCAGGUUCCCAUGGUUUCAGGCAAGGAGCUUUUCCCUGACCUACCUGGAGACAUGGGCGUAUCCCGGGGGGAGGGCAGCUGCCCCCCCCCAGAUCAAGUAAAACAAUAGAAAUACUUAACUAACUAACCAACCAACCAACCAAUCAAUCACGUCAGUUCUGCCCCCACUAACGAAAGUCCUGCCCUCCCACAAAAGUCCACUCCCUCCAAAAAAAUCCGCUACGCCCAUGCCUGGAGAUUCUGAGGGUUGUAUCUGGGACCUUCUGCAUGCAAAGCAGAUGUUAUGCCUCUGAGCUACAGCCCUGCCCCCAAAAUCUGUUCAGAAUUCUCUCCUCUCAUGCUUUCUUCAUUUCAGAAGCCGAGUUUGGGGAUUGGGAAGUUAUUGCAAUGGUUAAAGAAUUGCUUGGGGAGGGGAGGAGAAAUCCAUGUUGGUCUACUGCAAAUCAUUCAGUGAUCUACCAGUAGAUACUGGUCCUCAUUCUGUGUGCUCUGGGAGAAGGGACUGGGGAGGAAUUUAUUUCCAUUGACAUUUAAAGCAGAACUUAUCAAAUUUGCACUUCCUGAAACAAUAUGAGAGCAAUAUAAAAAUGAAUACAUUAAUGGACAUAUAUCAAAAUGCAUUAUGAGCACUUGCAUGCAAAAACAUGUAUAUGACUCAAAACUGGGUGCAAAAAUGUGCCAGGAGAAAUUCUUCCCCAAAUGUGGAAGAAUUUCCAUGAGAUUUUUUUUUUAAAUGAGACCAUUCUUGCAGAAAUGUGGAGAAUUGAAUUUAAGAUUGGAAAAAUGACAAAUGAAGAGUACAAAAAUAGGCAGAUACUUCCAUCUCUUUUCCUCUAAAAAACAUUACUGUUAAGCCUACCCAGAUGCAUAGAAAGUGUGAAUUUUAAUUAUUAUUUUUAGUAAUUUAACUUUCUGUAUGUUUUAAAAUAUUGUAAUAUUUUCUUUUGUUUUCUUGUUUUAUCUUUUUGUAAACCACUUUGAGGUUUGCUUGUUUUUUACAAUCAAUUUUAUGAAAUAAAUAAAAUAAGCCCAGGAGGAUCUUGUUCACAAGGGACAGUGCUUGCAGCACUAAUUAUUUUUCUUGGCUUAUUUUCAGGUUGUGGGGGGGCUGUACCUUGGAAACAUCAGGGGUAAGUGUUUUGCAAACUCUGCCUGUCUCCUAGCAGAUGUUGAUUAUGAGCAGUGUAUGUGGCCUCUGCUUCCUCCUCCUCCUCCUAGAAUCUAGUGCAACUAUGAAAUGAUGAGUUGGUUUCACCUUUGCAUGGUGUAUGUAUUGUUAUAGAUUUAGGAGUAUUAUUACUUAUCUCCACCAAGGCCAGGAAGUGUCCUACUAACAUAGAUUGAUAUAAUGCAAGGGACCAUGUGUUUCACAAGGCAUAUGUGCCAUUUUAACAUACAGGUAAGUUCUGUGCCAUUUUGAAAAACAAAAUUUCAUUUUAUGGUUUAGCAUUGCUUUUAUUUUGAGUUACAUAAGGGGCGGGGAGGGCACAACAAUAUUUUCAGUUCUUUUAAGGGUCUUAAUCUGGGGCUGGAUCCAUCCACAUGAUUUAAUGUUAUAAAGCAAGAGUGCAUGUUCAUAAUUUCUUCAUAGUUAGUUUAAUCUGUAGUUGUUUAUUUGCAUUAUUUAUAUACCGCUUAUCAAGUGCUUUUCCCAAAGGGCCUUACACAGUAUUCGAAAAGAGAGAAAACAAGAACGAAAAUGCAAAAUAAAAAUCACACAACAAAUUAACAGCAUUAAAAGCCAACCAGUCCCCUUGCAAACAUGUACACACUAGGAAAAAAUAAAAAUAAAAUCAGCCCACAUAUUAGAAUCAACAGAUCAGAAGGUGGGCACAAUCACAAGACAGAAGCCUCCUGUUGUGAAUGGGAAAGACUGAAGUUGCUCCUAAUAUAUGUGUGGGUGGACUGCUGUGGUUUAAUUCAACAGGAGGUGGAGAGGUGGAUGAACAGCUAAAUAAUGUCCAAAUGUGGGCAAAUCCUUGCUUAAGAACACAAGGACCACAGUAGAUGCUACACAUAAGUACCAAUAUCUUUUCUUGAGGGAGAUUUUGGAUUGGCUAGAAGGGAAAGGGUCAAGUCCUCCAUAGCACUUUUCUGGUGAUAAAUCUGCAGCUUCCAGAGGUUGCUUUUCCCUUUAAAAAAUGGGAGAAAGUUUACACACAUCUUGCUAUGUAACAUCUUGUUUUGGUCUUUGCUGGAUUAAAGCAAGGGUUUAAGGCCUUUUUAUUCAUCUUGGAUCUUAGAAGUCUCUCUUUCUUUCCAGAUUCUGAGGACAAAGAGAACUUAGUGAAGAAUGGGAUCACACACAUCUUGUCGGUGCAUAACAAUGCUAAGCCUGUGCUAGAAGUGAGUACGGAGAGGAAAUCUGGAGCAUCUUGCAUCAUAGCAAUAAGGAGGAAUCCGAUUACUUAAAACAUGACAGCUGGAAAAUAUGUAAAAUGCUUUAGGGACCCCAGCUGCAGGCCAUUUCCCACCCCAUUCAUUCAUAUUUCUUUGGCUUCCCCAGCUAAAAUGUGAAUGCAUGAAGGUAAUUAUUUCUGUGGUGAAGUUAUGAAAUGUCACAAGCCAGUAGAGGGCAGUGCAAUUACAGAAAUGAUAAUGCCAGGUUUCCCAACCCUCCCUCCCUCCACAUACUGUGCAUUAACAGAUCUUGCUUUCAGUUCUCUUGUAAUUCCAGAUUUGCCUAGUGUAGGGAUGGGGAAUCUGCAUCCCUCCAGAUGUUGCUGGACUACAGCUUCCAUCAUCCUCAACCACUGGUCAUACUGGGGUGCUUUAGAAAGAAUGCAGUUGGUCAAGGGAGCCGUGGGCUCAAAAAGGUUGAGAACCUCUGGACUAGAUGAUCCUCAGGGUCCCUUCCAACCCUGUGAUUCUAUGACUGGCUAGCAUUUCUCCAAUUUAAAUGUAGGCAAUACUGAGCUAGAUGCGCCAAUUAUCUGACUUGAUACAAGGCACCUUCUGAUGUUCUGAUGCAGCUGCUGCUAAUAGCAGUUUACUCUGCUUCCCUGAUGUUUCCUUACCUGAUAAUUUUCACACUUUAUGUGAUACUUCACACAGCCAAAGAACCACUUCUGGAAAUCUAGCAGCUGUUCAAUGCUCAUUUCUGUGUUAGCUGUUUCCAGGGCCACACUAACACCUUGCAUUUAAAGCACUGUGAUGCCACUUUAACAGUCAUAGUUCCACCAAAGAAAUCUGGGGUGGUUUACUUAUCAACUCCUCUUCACAGGGAACUCUGAGAAUUGUAGCUCUGUGAGGGCAAUCAGGGUUCCCCUAACAGCUCUCAGCACUUGAACUAAGUACACCUUCCAGAAUUCCUUAGGGCAAGCUAUGACUGUUUAACGUGGCAUGAUAGCACUUUAAAUUUAUAGAGUGAAUGUAGCCUAAAAGACAUGUUAGAAAUCAGGAUAGAGGAGCUAGCAUUGUAACCAGUAAAACUAAUGCAAUAAACCGCAUGACUGAAUACAGCUGUAGAGAGGUGUGUGUGUGUGUGUGUGUACUGAUGGUGUUGUUUUGGGUGGGUGAAUUUGCCCAGGCAAUACAUGCUGCUUUGCUUCCCAAGAAAAUACAGUAUGUAUUUAUUUUGAAAAUGAACUCCAUGAAAGCCAUUUUCUUGGUAAGAGAUACUGACUAAUGUCAUCAAGGGGGAGGGGGCGGGAAAUCAAAUGCAGGGAGCAAAAACCGCUCACCAAAGCCACAGCUGCUUGGACCGCAUCUCUGCAGACUUGCCAGACAGAUGGCAAAUGGGCGCAGAGGUCUUACAACAUGAUGGAGUGAAUGAGGCCAGGGAGAAAAGGGGAACUGGAAACACACGGGUGCAUUGAGCAAUUUGUCACUCUGGCAAAAAGAAUUGCAGAGUCAAGCUCCUUUCCCAUGCCUAGCCCUCCAGCAAAUGCUGAGAGAGUGUGCAUGGGGGUGUGUGGGGGGGUCCCAUCUCUGGUAGUGAGCAGGGGUGGGAGGAAGCUUCAGUGGAGAAUAGUAAUUAAUCCUGAUGUGUAUUGUUGUGUGAUUGCCUGGGAAGGAUGGGGUGGGGUGAGGACAGGAGAGGGAGAGGUUAGCAACUGCCUGGAAGAUUUUACUGUUGCAAACGUGUUGCAACACUCUCCGCAAAAAGUAUUUUCGAUACUAGUGGUGUUGCAUCCCCCCCUUAAAAAAAAAAGCAACAACCUACGUAUAGAUGAACCAAGUCGGGAAUGACUUGGUCCAAUAGAAAACAAUCUGAAAAUUGUGCAGCAGCAGCAGGUAGACUCAAGUUGGAUGAGGCCUCUGCUCUGUGGUGUGCUUAGCUUGAUGCUUAAUUUGGACUAUAUCAGUGCCCUCUCUCUUUUUCUGCAUCUGAACAUAGGAAGCUGUGAUAUGCCAGCUCAAACCAUGGGCUUCUCCAGCCCUGUAUUGUCUAUUUAGGCUGGUGGCAACUAUCCAGGGUCUUGGGAAGAGAGAGAGCUUUCUCCACAGUCACCUGCCACCUGAGGUCCUUUCAGCUGGAGAUACAGUGGUACCUUGGAAAUCGAACGGAAUCCGUUCCGGAAGUCCGUUCAACUUCCAAAGCAUUUGGAAACCAAGGCAAGGCUUCUAAUUGGCUGCAGGAAGCUCCUGCAGUCAAUCAGAAGCCACGGUAGCCCCAUUGGACGUUCGGGUUCCAAAGAACGGUCACAAUACUGGAACACUCACUUUCAGGUUUGCGGGGUUGGGGGGCCAAAAUGUUUGACUCGCAAGACGUUCGGGAUCCAAGGUAUGACGGUAUUCAGGUUUCACAUUUAAGCUGAUUUGGUGCUCUUGCACAGCAAACCUAUUCCACCAUAGCAUUAGGCUUAUGGGGAUGAGAAAAGUGAUGGGAAGAUGCAGUGGAAUGCCUGGGAUAUUUCCUUGACAACAACAUUUAACUGUGAUUCCUGCAUUGCAGGGGCUUUUGACUAGAUGGCCCCUGGGAUCCCUUCCAAAUGUACAAUUCUAUGAUUCUAACCUCCCUGAAAACAAAUUGGAAUGAAUGCUCGGCAAGCCGUUGAUGUUGCUUAGGGCCCUCGCGCACCUAGUGGAAAGAGAUCAGGGAGGGUCAAUGCUCAACUAACAGGUCAUCUGACAGCAACCAUCUACAUUGGGGCUUAUUAAAGCAUCAUAAAACAGUGAGCAAGGUUUUAUGUUUCCUAGAACUCUUCCAUCAGGCUGGCUGCAUCUGAUCAGAACUCUUCCAUCAACCUGGUGCAGAGGGCGUAAUGCAGAUUUGGGGCAUAAUUACUUGUUAUGCUGGGGCUCUGAAAAGGGAAAGCAUCAUAGGGGCACAGUUUGAAGCAGGGAGCCCUGGAGCACCUCAAUGAUCCAGACUUACAAAUAGUGCUGUUUUCCAUAGUGCCACAAUUAUUAUUUUUCAAAUGACAACAUUUUAGAGUUGUCCAACAGAAGUACCCCUGAACCUGGAUGGGUUACUAUGUCUGCAAAUUUUAUCCACUUCUGUGGGUAAUAAUAAUAAUAAUAAUAAUAAUAAUAAUAAUAUGCCUCUUAUCUGAAUGGGUUACCCCAGCCACUCUGGGUGGCUUUCAAAAGGGGAAAAAAAGUUGUGGCCAUGUUUUGAUUCCCCAGUCGUGCCUGGUGGUGGAGGGAAUGAAGCAGAAUCUGACCCCAGAGCUGGACCAGGUAGUCUCCAAUUUAGUCUAAGCCAACUCAAGUUUAUUUUACAAUGCUGUGGUCUGAACUGAAUCUCGUGGUCAGUACACAUUUCUAAAAUGGAGCUCCAAGAUAAUGAGUUGUUUGGCUCUUAAUCAGAUGAGGUUGUGCUAAGUGCAAAUAACAAAUCUGAGGUUACGCUGAGGACUAUCACAGAACAAUAGCAGAUGUCCCGCCAUUUGUUUACUGUGCUGUGCCUCCUGCAUGAAGUGGAAUGCACAAGUCCCUUGUAAAGUUUGUCUCUUUUUUCACAGGACAUGACCUACCUCUGCAUAUCAGCCUCAGACUCUUCGAAUCAAAACCUGUAAGUUCUCUCAGGGUUUUCAGCCUAUAUACAAUGCAAACAUGCUAGCUUUCCUGGAGAGCAAUCCUGUUUUCCUCACUUGUUGUUCAUCCGAGAAACCGGUUUUGUAAUCAACACACUGAUCCAUCUUAUGUUAGUGCAUGGAGCAGAGAUGGGAAACCUCAGGCUGGGCCCUGAAUGUGGUCCUCCAAGCCUCUCCCUGGCCAUGCCCUCAUUUCCUUAGACCACAUCAUUCACUCAUUGACUCUGCUUGAGUGCUUAACCUCAAAUUUGUCCUUGAACGCUGACACUGCCCUUCAUUUCGCUGAAUGGAAGACAGUGUGAAAGUGUGUAGAAACUAGCUGUCUGUAAAAAAGGAAAAUUCACAUUUGUUGCUCCACCCACUUUUGCCUCCAGCCCUGCCCAUCACUGGCAUGUGGCCCCCAGAAGGCUGCUUAGAAGGCAAUGUGGCCCUCAGGCUGAAAAUGGUUCUUUACCCCCAAGACAAAGCAUGACCUGAUCUCUUUUCUUUUAUGGGCACAGGAUUCAGUGUCUCAAUGUCAACUGAAAAGCUACCCCCUCAGAUGAAAGGGCCCCUUCCCUGAGCUAAAGGUUCCCUCUGAGGGGACUGAGAAGCUUGACAAGAAAGUCCUGCUCCAGCAAGUUUUUUUUGGGGGGGGGAGGAGAGGGUGUUUUGUUUAUUCCCUUCCCUUCUUAUUUCUUUUUCUUUCAAUCAUAACAUGCCUCUAAGCAAUGGGCCACAGGAAGGAAGUUUUGCUCUUAAGGGGUUAUUUUCUGCACAUUGCAUUAGACUCUGAAUUUCACAAUCCUGGUGAACUUAGAAAGGUUCCCCCCCCCAAGAGUCCAGAUGAGACUGGGUGACUUGGAAUGACCCAUAGUUAGUGGGCUGAAAGUGGGGGUUGUGACCCAUCACCACCCACUCUUGCUUUCCAAGAGGGUUUUAAUGCCACACCUGCAAGAUCACAGCCUCGGUGAUCUUAACCACAGCCUUAACCACAGCCAGCGUGGUGUUGUGGUUAAGAGCGGUGGACUCGUAAUGUGGCGAACUGGGUUCGCUUUCCCGCUCCUCCACAUGCAGCUGCUGGGUGACCUUGGGCCAGUCACACUUCUCUGAAGUCUCUCAGCCGUACUCACCUCACAGAGUGUUUCUUGUGGGGGAGGAAGGGAAAGGAGAUUGUUAGCCACUUUGAGACUCCUUAAGGGGAGUGAAAAGCGAGAUAUCAAGUCCAAACUCCUCCUCCUCCUCCUCCUCCUCCUCCUUGCAAAUUGGUCCAGAAUGAUGACUGUACCAUUUUGUACAUUCACAACAUUCAGAAACUUGCAGUGAAAGAGUGCAGGAAAAACCAUGUGGAGGUGCUUUAACCAUUCUGGUCAUGAGUGGAGUAGGGCAGAUAAAGGGUGCUAUGUCUGAUCAUGAUGGAAAAGACCCUCAAGUAGCCUCUGGCUCUCACACUUCCUCCUCUUCUCCUUCAGCCCUACCACCAGGAGACUGGAAGCUUCUCCCCUGCCAUGUUUGCUGUGUCUUCCAAACUGUGGUUAAUCUUAACUAUAGCUUGUUUGAGACAAGCCAACUUCCAACCAGGGGUUAUGAAACAUUUUAUAAUUCAUGGCACAACAGGUGCUACUCCUGUAAGAAGAAGAAAAACAGAGAAAACUACACACUGCUGUAGGGUCAUUUAUUUAUUUUAAUAAUGCAUGUACCACUUAAUAUGUAUUUGGGUAAAAUAGGAAUGUAGCAUGAACUGCAUAUUGUGGAAAGUUGCUUGUUUGCUAUGCAUCUGGACAUCUCCUAAAUUAUCAUCACCUAAUUUUACAUGCUAGUUCCUGAGAUCGAAGAGUGGGUUUUUGUCUAUGCUGAGAUACAAUUGGGUGCCAUUUGGAAUCAAGAUGGUGGGCUUGAACCUUUCAAAACUGCACUGAUUGUAACCACUGAUUUCAAAAUUGCACUGAUUUUAACCAAGGAUUUCAAAACUGCACUGAUAUUUUAACCAAGGAUUUCAAAACUGCACUGAUAUUUUAACCAAGGAUUUCAAAACUGCCCUGGUUUUUUAGAAUUCCUGAGCAACAAUGGGUAUGAGGUUGCUAGUAUAUCUUAAGAUCAGUUAAAACUAGCCAUCUCAUCAGAAAAACUCACUUAAAAUGCCUGAAAUAAAAAGUGUGUGCAUCCUGCAGAGAAGAAAAUUAAUUAUUAUUACAACAACAAGAACAGCAGCAACGAGUGGUGUAGCGUGGGUAGCCAGCUCCUGAGGGUGUGGGUAGCGGGUGGGUAGGAGGGAGGGAAAUGGACAGAGUACGCAUGUGCGUUCAACUGCCUAAUGGUGUCAACAUCACCCAGGAUAUUGCAGCCUCAGAGAUAAGAAAAGAAGAGUCACUCUGUUGUAUGGAAAGGUCACUUUCUGGUUCUCAUGGAGAAGCCGUUUUCAAUGGAGCCCAGGGACGAAAGUGGGCAGCUGUACUGAGGCAGCAAUGGGUAUUGAAAUUUUGCACCCCUGACAAUGUUGUGUGCAGGACAACUGCCCCAUGGCUCCCCUACACUACACCACUGGCAGCAGCAACAACAAUUCCAUUUUGACUUUUAAAUAAACAACAAUUCUGCACUCAGGAUCUAAAAAUAGAUUACCAAAUUGAGAGGAUUCAUUACCUCGUCAUCCACUUCUCAUCAGGCCAGAGUGAAGAAAUCGAGAAGGGGAUUUUACAGUACCUGAGUGUUAUUUCUGUGAAUGGAAACACCUUUUGUUGAGGUGUCAAGGACCUGGGAUGAGUCUCCUUUUUCUCAGCAUGCCUCAAGUUUACCAGGCUUAUCAUCAAGCAGGAAAUCUGACUGCCACGUACAGUGUUAAGUGCCUCUUUACUGGCAUUGCUUCUGGCGCUGCCCACACCUUUGUUUGGUUUCAUUUUUCUUUCAUUUCCUUUUCGUAAGUGAAGGUCAAAGGAGGUGCUGUCAGUUCCUUUGCCAGCAUCAAAGGAGUGGCACCAAAGGGUGAAAGGGAAGGGGGAGGGGCAGGAAUGUGCACAGAUCUGACUGCAGGUGUGGAUAACUCUCAGUGAUGUGAUGCAGUGAUCUUGUGCCCCUUGUGUGCAGACUUAGGAGGGUGCAGGCUUGCACAGAUGCCUUAUACUUUUUGGCGUUGUCUUGGUAGACAAUGGAGGAGUGCACCGCCUGCUGUGGCUGUAGAGACAUAGGACAGACAUGUUUUGUUGCAGCUGGGGCAGAUGAGGGCAUUUAGUUGUGCUGCUGCAGAUGCACCAUGACAUUUCUUCUCCCUGAGCUCCUCACAGUCUGGUCACUGCUAUGGAUACACAACCUGUCUGUCUGUCUGCCUCCAGGCACUGCAGUUGUCUGCAAGGGAUUCCCACAGGGUGGGGUUGAUGUUGCCAGCCUUCAUGUCACAUUUGCAGACGUCUUUGUAACACAGAGUUGGUCUGUCAAUGUGCCUGGAGCUGAGUCUUAUACUGCCUCAUUCUGUCUUAUACUGAGUCAGACUGGUGGUGGCUCUCCAAGGUUUCAGACAGGGGUCUAAAACCUGGAGAUGCUGGGAUUAAACCUGAGAUCUUCUGCAGGCUACUCAUGUGCUCUGCUACUGAGCUACAGCACUUCCUUUCUUCAUCCGACCAUCAAUCCAUCUAUUCCAGCAGCCACCUUUUCACCAACCAGAUGCCUCUGGAAAGCCUACAAGCCUCUCCUGCAAUUGCGUUUGGCAUUCACAGCUAUACUGCCCUUGGACAGUAUAGUUCUCUAGGUUCUAUUUAGCUACCAGCACACCUAUGAGCCACUGAUAAGCUCAUCUCCUCCAUGAAAUUGUCUAUUUCCAUUUGAAAGCCAUCUAAGUUCUCCAGAUGACCAGUUUAUUCAGCAUUCUUCCUGAGUGGCUUGCACAAAGCUAAUGCAGAGUUUAGAUUUGGUCUGGUCUUUAAUGAGCAUUCAUUCUGAUAGGUUUGCAGGGCGGUUAUACGGCAAUGAACGUUCAUCUUGAUUUGUUUGAGGGGUGUUGUUACACCUUCCCAUUAGUCAUUCAUUCAUUCCAUACUUUCCAGUGCAUUUCCUUGUCACUUUCAAUCUGUCCUGCAACAUACUGACAAUAUGAAGUCAAUUUCCACCAUCACAUCAAGUGGUAGUGAGUUCGUGAAUUAAUAAUAAUGCAUUGUGUGAUGAAGGACUUCAUUUAGUUUGUUUAAGAUCUACUCAGUUGGAUGACCCUGAGUCCUAGACCAAAUCUACACCAUAAAUUUAAAGAAGUAUCAUAUCAAUUUAAACACUUACAUUUACCUCCAAAGUAUCCUGGGAACUGUUGUUUGUUAGGGUGCUGACAGUUUAUUUAUUUAUAUUUUAUUUAUUAAAUUUCUAUGCUGCCCUUCAUCUGAAGAUCACAGGGCAGUUUACAAUAUAAAACACACAAUAUAAAGCACGUCAAAGCAAAUUUCUGCUAAUAAACACAUUUUUACAUGCAGUUUUUACUCAUUCCCACAUUUCUGCGAGCAAUUUCCCCUAAUUUAAUGCAUCUUUCUAUGGUAUUUUCAUUAAUACCUUCAUUUAUUUGCACCCUUUCCCCUAAUAUAUGCAUUUUUGUAAACAUUAUUCCAUUGGAGAACUGCAUCACAAAAUUUUGGAUGAGUAACACUUUUUGAAGGAUAGCUGUGAUUUGGUUCUCAUGCUGAAUCAAAUUUCACCUUCAUCUCUAGUUCAGGGCAAACAAUUCCUAAUUUUUCUUCUUUGCUCUCAGGAUACAACACUUCAAGGAGUGCAUCAAGUUUAUUCAUGAAUGUCGGCUACAUGGAGGAGGAUGUCUCAUUCAUUGGUGAGCUGCUUUUCUUUGUCUUUCCUUUUCAGGAUGGGGAGCACACUAUAAUAUAUGUAUACGGACAUUUAUAUAUCUCUGGAAACCUGCUGGCAGUCAUUCCUAAACUAUACAUACAUACUCGACUGCUCUGGCUCCCUUAACCUUGCAGGAUGAUUUUCAUUCAGGCUUGAAACAAUCGUUGUCUGAAAAGUGGCAGCGUUAUGGGUUUUUCCAUGAGUUAUCUUAUCUUCAUGGGAAAUGAAAUGGCCUGAACAAUACUCAGGCAACACAUUGCAGAUGCUGAAUGCCAAAAUGAUCUAGGUUUAACCUCAAAUAACAUUUUAAUUGACAGAGCACUUCAAUCCUACAAACAGUCAGCCAUCUUUAUCUGCUCUCUGUUCCAAAACACCACAGAGCCUUCGCUCUGGUGCAUUUAAAUGCUGUUAUACUAGCUGUUUUGGAGGGGAGGUUUCAAAUAAUUCCCUAAUGUCAACGUAAAUGUCCCUGUGAAUCAGGAGAGGAAGAUUCAACAACUCAUGCUCUUAUGUAUUGCUCUUCUCCUCAUGAUAUACCUAACAUUUUUACUAGAAAUUCCAAGGACAUUUGGAUGCAUUUUAUGCUUCCAGAUCACAAGGCAUUCACCUCUUCCAGGAUGGCUAAAUACCUACCAGGGAUGAAUUUUAGCAAACUCACAAUUCUGUUCCUGGUGUUCUACAGUACAGUACAUUUACUAGUAAUUUUAUUGUUAUGGUUCUCUAUUUUGUAUGGUUUUGUUUUAUUUUAUAAAUUUGUACAAAGUUUCUUUUUUGAAUACUGGUCAUUGAUCAUUAUAAAGAGAUUGAUAUACAUACAUUUAGGUCACACAAAUUUGCUAGAGUUUAAUAUAGGCUGAGAUAGGAGAAAAAUAAAGGCUGCAAUCCUAUCUAUGUAUACUCAGAAGGAAGCAGUAUUGAAUGUAGCGGGACUUCAACCACUUCCAGGUGACAAAUUUAUUGAGCAUUCAGCUUGAUUUGUUUGUACAAAGUUUGCAGGGAGGUUAGGCGACACCCGGUAGUCACUGAGAGUCCAUUUGGAUUAGUUUGUGGGGAGGUCAGAUGUUGUUGCAUCAAGGAAACAUUAUCCCACACUUUUCUGUGCAUCUUCCUAUUCCUUAUUGCAAAGAGUCUUAUUUUUUUUAGGGGGGCUGAUUUGUUGUGCGGAAGCUCCAAAUAAACUUCCCUUGCACAACCUGAAUUUGCUGAUAUGUGAUUCAGUCCCACCAGAAAACAGCAAUAGCCUGGAAGCAUCCCUGGGCUGUGUUCAUACUCCUGUUUGCUGUGCACUUACGUGAUUCUAGUGCUGGGUUUUUAAUCCAUGUUCAUACAACAUUAUCCAAAAUGCAUAUGUAUCUCUUGUUCUACGGUACUACUGUCUGGCACUGUCGUUUCUCAAAGGAGUGACCCGCUGACUGCAGUCCUUAAGCUGUUCCUAGUUCAUUUCUUGCCAUGGGGUAAAGACAUCUUUGCUCUGUCAAUGCUCCCUGGUGUGCACACAAACAGAGAUGAAUUGAAGCUGGUGCUGAUGUGAACAGUUGUAAGGGGGGAGGGAAGAGGUGUGAAAUGCCUGGGGGACAGGGAACAACUUUGCUGAGCUCUAAGAUGGUAAAGUGAGCAUACUUUUACUUUAAGUGGACAUGGAUAGGAUUGCACUGUCAACAACCUUUUGCUUUCCCCUAAAGCUGGAUGUUAUCGUUGGAAUUCUGAAAGCACCAAUGGCCUGAGCUAAAGAAGCAGUCUUGCUUUGUUCCGUUCAGCUAGCACUGAAGGAUUAGUUUGGCAUGCUGUUGCAGCUUUUAGCUACUCCCCCCCCCAAAAAAAGGAUUCCUUAUGCAAGCUGCAGCAAAUUUAUUCAGAUUUUACAACCAGUCAAUGUAUCAUGUGUAUUGUGCAGAAACCAUUUGCAGAGGGUGGGGCUGGAGCAUGAAAAUAUCCGCUGCCGACUAGACACACUCCUCUAUUCUGCCUCCUUCGUUUUGCCCCAUUCUUUGGAUCCUAGCCAAUGGCUUCAUUAGCCAAGUAGAGGCUUCAAAAGGGCGAUGAGCCACUCCACUCUCACUGUCAAAUCCACUCCCAGCAUCUGUCAUCAACCAUGUCCAUCAUUUCAAAGCCUUUUCUCCCUGCUUGUCUCUCAUUUUGAUAGCCAAGAGUCACACCAAGAUCAUGUCAAGUUUUUAUACAUGUAAUGGUUUUUUCAUAUAUAUAUAUAUAUAUAUAUAUAUAUAUAUAUAUAGCCCUUGUUUUAACAAUAUGCGUAAUUGCUUUAUAUGCUUUUAUUGUAGCCUGCCUGCUUUAAUUGCAUCUUUUUACCCUGGCCUUUGACACCUGAGACAUGUGUUUUCAGGACCCACCCAUUUGUUUUAACUGUUUUUAAUGCUGAUUUUUAAAUUGUUGCAAUCUGCCCUGGCACCUGAAAGUGAAGGGCGAGUCGGGAAUUUAAUACCACUACUACUAAUAAUUCUGAAAUUGCUUUGAUAUGCUCCGUGGGAAGUGAGUCAUAAAAUUAAUCAAAUAAAAAAAUAAUCAUGUUUAAUCUGUGACCUCUGCCUUUAUGGCAUUGUAAAUCUAUGUUGUUGAUGCUGUGGGUUCUGCCACGUGGCAGUUCACGGUGGAGUCCGUUUUUUGCAGCAUCCACACAACAGCGCCCCCAUCAUAAGGCCAUCCCAUAUCGUCCCCUUCCAUUUCAUCUGCUUCCAUUUCAUUCAUUUUCUAACUUACCAAAUUUCCGGCAGAAAAAAUGAAAAUGAAAAUGAAAAAAUAACAUUGCGUAGCAUUUUGAUGAGGAUGAUGUCAUAUGGACACUGUAAAAAGCUUGCAGCCCUGAGUAGAACAGAGUCCACAAUAAACUGCCAUUAGAAGUACCCUGUGAGAACAGGCCUUUUAAGUGGUGGCCCCUUGUCUGGGCAAUGAUCUCUUGAGGGAGAUGUACCUGGCACCAUUUUUGUCAGUCUUUAGGCACCAGGCUAAGCCCAAACUGUUUACCCAGGCCUUAGAUUAAUUAAUUUUGCCUGUUACGGGGGUGCUCAUCUUUUAGUGGGGUGGAUAGGACUUGUCCUUAGUAAUACGUUGCUGGAUGAGCAUUUUAUAUAUUUUAUAUUGUUGGUGGUUUUAAUUUUUCCUAGUUUUACAUUGCUGUUAUCUGUUAUAUUUUAGCUAGUCAAGUCACUUUGAAACUUUUAAUGGUAUAAAGUUAUCGGUAAAUGCAAUAAACAGCAACAACAAAACACAGUAACUUUAAACUGCUGUAAGCGACUCUGCAUAUUUCACAGGCAGGCAUUGGACGGAUGGGCUAGAAAUCUCUAAAUAAAUAAAUGAAGACUCAAGGAUUUUGAAAGCUAAUAAUAAAGUCAAGAAAAUAUGAAAAACCCUGCUGGAUUAGGCCAGAAGUCCAUUGAGUCCAGCAUCUUGUUGUCAUAGUGGUCUAUCAGAUGCCUAUGGGAAGGCCACAUGCAGGACCUGAAUACAUGCAGAAUCUCUCCACUUGUGAUCCUCAGGAACUGGUAUUCAGCAGCAUACUGUCUCUGAAAAAGGAGGUAGAAUGGAGCCGUGGUAUUUAGCAGCUGUUGAUAGCCUUAUCCUCCAUUUAGGUGACGAAAUGCAAAACGGUACUUGAUAAGAGGGCGUCCAUCUUGAAUUCUAUGAUGCAUGAAUGCAUGUACAAACUUGGGAAUAUGUCCAAUAGUGGAGGGAGCAAGACUUGCACAAUCUUAACAUGGGUUUUCUUCACCCCUGUUCCAAAUUGAAAACAUUGCUCCUUUAUUUCCGCUCAACAGCUUAGCUGGAGUGUCUCGCAGCACCACCAUCUUGGUGGCCUACCUCAUGACGGUCACUAACUUUGGCUGGGAAGAGUGCCUGACAGCCACCAAAGCUGUCCGUUCUUAUGUGAGCCCCAACUUUGGCUUCCAGGAACAGCUUCAGGAGUAUGAAGUCACUCUGCUCAAGGAGGUAAGGCUUCAUGUUUCUGAACAUUUUCAGGUUCAUGUCUUCAGAGAUACCUGAAAGUUAGCUCUUUCCUAGUUCCUCUCUCACACAGUGAUGAGAGAGGAAUCAGAGUCAGUUUGCACUGAUAGGCAAAUCUCCCUAAUUCACACUUUCUGAACAAUACUUGUACCAAAAUACAGCCAUCCUUCGAAGGUGUCCUGGACCUAAGCUGAUUGUUGAAGAACAGUGAGACAGCAAGUGAAAGUACUUUUUCUUUGCAGCAAAUGUUUUUUUCCCCAGUGCCCCAAGGAAACCCAGUGUGAGCAUGUCUCACAGCUGAGACUGUCCGCAGGUUCCUCCUGACUCCCAACAUUUACGGGUCUAGUGCCCUGUGCUUUAACUUCCCUUCUCAGAAAGUUGUUGCUUUCUUUAAAAAUAAAGAACCUCCAGGAUAUUCUGAGAAUAUCCCAUGCUAAGGAGUGGGCUGAAGGAGGGUGGAAAGAUGAGGCGGUGCUGCACAAGAAGCCUUUCGGAGAAAAAUGUACCACAGUUUGCAAAAACUAUUUGAGCCAGGCAUUCCCCCAAAGGGCACAAAUUCAGCUGAUUUGGGCAUCCCCCAUGAAUUCAGCUGACUUGGGCGUCAGGCAUGCCUCCUCGCAGAACGGAACAUUUCCCCAGGGAAGGAUAUUUGGUUGCUGAAGAUAUGAAGUGGCCCUUUUCACUCUACUACUGUUUGUUUUGGGGCAUAAUGCAGAUCUGUUCUAUGUGAAAGGGCAGGGCUGGGAAACCUCAGGCCAGAGGGCCUAAUGUGGCCUCUCUGCCUGGACCUUGGAACUCCCCCCAGACCAUAUCCAUUCCCAUGUCACACCAAGGGGUGUAGUGGUAAAUUGUGCAGGGUCCCUUCAUGGUAGUCAUAAACAUUAUACAGCCUUCUAAGUUUAUAGAACAAUCUUACAAUUAUACAAUGAUAGUAAUAAGGGAUGCAUUGAAACAAUCUGUGCAGAUCCCUUGUUGUAUUUCAGCUAGAACUACUAUUUUCUGUGCACGUGUGUGGGCAAAUGAUUUGGACCUAAUGGUUCUGUGCUCCUAAAUACAUAAGCUUUGGAAGAUACAGAAGAACUCAUUGUUCUUCCUGAGCACCAUCUCCAGAGUGACCCUAGGAGGCAAUCCUCAGUGGCUGACUCACCUCCUUUCACUGUGGCACCAAUCAGCACAAAGGAUGAGAAUACUUCUUCUCAGUAGCUAAAAAGCUCCCCUUUUAUGCUGAUUUGGUAGCUAUAGGAUGCUGGAGACAGAGACCCUGCCUGCUGCAGAAAUAGUAACGGGUCCGUCCCUGAUUGCCUUUUUGGUCAGCUUGUGGGCUUCCAGGAGGCAGAGGGUGGGUUGCAGAGAGCAAGAGAGGGGGUCUGCAGUGCACAGGUCUGCUACAGUGCAGUCUCGGGUUUUGUGUGGGCAGGGGAGCAGUGAUGGGUUGGAGAGCAAGAGAAGCAGUUUGCAGGGGCCUAGUCCAGUGGAGGAGAGAGAGGUAGGCCCAUAUGCCCAUAUCAAAUCAAUUGUAAUGGAUUGAUUUGAAGUCACUUCUGCACCAGGUAAAGUAAUUUUUAGCCCCCCAAUUCUCUCCCCCCCCCCUGACCAGUCCCUUAUUUGGCCUGACCAAAGGUGGCAACCCUGACCUUUGAUAUGAUUGAACAGGGCUCCUCUUUUCUCUAGAAAGUGGCAAGAACCACUUUCACUUUCAGUUCUAAAUGAAAGUCACUCUGUGCUGCAGCUACUGUAUAUCUGUGGGCGGAGACUACGAGACUUGGGUGUGGAGGACUGAUGUUCUGCUCCACAGGGCAAAGCCAACCAGCUUAUCUCUGGUUUCUCCGGCAGUUUAUGUAUUUAAUUUUUUUUUUGAGGCUGGCUUCCAACUGACAAGCAUGUCCAAGGCAGCAGAUAAGAGAAAUAAAAAUAGCAAUAUCAUUGUGCUUACCCUCACUGUGAAGAUUUCCAGGGACAGGUGCUUCCCUUUGUUUGGUUUUCUUGGGAAGGAGGCUACUGGUCCUGGUGACUCCCCCCCCCCCCACCGCUUUGCAAUGUUUGCAUUAUAUUUACAGGUACACAGAUUGCAUGUAGGUGGAGACACAGCUUAACCAUUCCAGCAGACAGCCACUGUUUCCACCAGAAGCCUAACCUACUUGCAAAGCCCUCUUGUCUAUAUGGCUUUCUUAGGGUUGCCUCCAUUGAAAUUAAUAGCCAUGGCUUUCAGUGGGUAACUGAGUAUGGGUAUGCUGCCCACAACCUAUUUUGCAGAGAAAGCAGAGAGUUUAACAUGCAGAGGUCCUUGAACAUUCUCAGGGGCACAUUUGGAAAUCUAAGGAAUUGUUGUGGUUGCACCACAAAACACCCAUUUCACGGAAAAAAAAACUAGCAAAGCUCGGAACCUACCAAAAAGCAGGCAAAACAUCACCCAUUCAAGAAACAAACAAACAAAUAAUACACAUUAAAAAUAUCUCUAGAAAACAGGCAAUUUCCCUGAAAGCCAAAGACUUAGUAAAACAAAAAACCAAGUGCAAGCAAAACAGAGUCCUCCACCCACCCAAGCAGAAUGACACUUGACUUUUGCCGUGAAUGCAGGAUCGGUUACUUUGAGGCAGUUUGGGGUUAUGGAUCACAUUGUUUACUUGCAAGUCCUUGAUAGGAAAUAAACCAAGUUUCCUUUUUACUGUGUGACUAGCUAGCAGCAUUGCACCUCCGCCUUGAAACAAAACAUUGCAUGCUUUCCUGAUUAAAAGAAUAAAAGUUGUGCAUUAGAUUUCCAUGGCCCAGAGGGCAGAUAUAUUAUUACAUGCAAUCUUAAAAAAAAAUCCCACUGGAAGUCCCCCAAUAGGCUGGGGGUAGCCCACUUAAGGACAUGAAUGAUCAGGGGACCAUUAGCACAGCUGUGCGUGGGAGGUGGCGCUCACAAGGGAUCCUGCCUGCGUGGGGAAUCAGCUGUAAGGGUUAUGUAUUCAUUAUUUCCUAAUUCUUUACUCACAUGGUUUUAGGUAAGUUCCUGCAACUUUUAUUCUGAGUUGAAUUGAACACACAGGGUGUGAGUUCCCUGCCCCCCUGUUUAACUAGCUCAAAUGUCUUGCUCAAAACAAACAGCAAUGACUCUGCAUUUAAAACACAGCUGCUGCUUUUUCAAAUAUUUUUUUUUUAAAUUGUCAUAUUUUUGCACAGCAAGCAGACAAGAGAGGAGGGGAGAAAGAGGAGAUAUUGAGUAGGAUGCUAAUAAUAACAUAAGGCAGGGGAUACAAACCAGAGAAACUGCUGUGGGCAAUGACAACCUCCCCACUUAGGUGGCUAUUUGAACAAUGUAGUGAGAAUCCAUUUGCAAAAUAGACUACAGCAUUCACUUGUCAUUUCAUCAUAAUUGUAUAAGGCCAGGUGCUUCUGACAUACACCUGUUAGGCCAGUCUUCCUCAUCCUGGUGCCCACUGGACGCUUAAGACUACAACUCCCACUGGCCCCCAGCCAGUAGAAGCUGAUGGGAGUUGUAGUCCAAAUCAUCUGGAGAGCACCAACUUGGGAAAGGCUUCACUGUGCCAAUUGGUUUUACCUGCAUUGCCUGCAUUGUCUUUGCUCAUCCUUCAUAUCUUAUGCAGCUUCUCUGGGAUUUUGUCUUGACAGUACAGGGCCUGGAUUCAGCAGGAGUAUGGCAAGAAUCCACUAAGUGACCAAGAGGACUUGCAGUGCUUACUUUCCCAGCAAGAAGAGAAAGCAAACCAGCAGCAAGGUGGACUCAGAGAAACUAACUGGAUCAAUGCCCCGAGCCAAACUAGCUCUCAGCCACAUACCACCUAUGACAGCAGCUGCAGCCACAGCCGGUGGAUGAAUAGAUAGCAAGAGCUCAUUAAAGACUUGGAAGAACUCUGCCUGUUAUCUCUUUAAGGAGAACACAGCUUAGUUAUUCUGACCCACAGUGAGGAGUGAAUAGAUCAGCUGCAUCUUGGACAUGUUGUGGGUGCAAUUGGCAUUACUCAGUGGUUCAGAGUCAAACUCACUCUAUUUCCCACCCCCGUCUCUGCCACAGGCUUGUUGUAUGGCCUUGUUAGGUAGCAUCUGUUGUCUCUCUUUGGGUUGCCCCUGGUAGUUGGGAUUAGCACAGCCAUUGGGGGCUUUCUGAAGUCAAUGAGAGAAAGUGAGAUGAUGGUUUAGAGCCAAAGAUGAGGUUUCCAGGAAGAGAAAUUUGAGACACAACAACAUUGAAUCUAGCAUGAUGAGCAGAUGGAAGUUGACUGGCUCAUUGGUAUUGGGGGUGCUUUCCCAAGUGACGUGGAGGGCUUUUGGCUUGAGUCCAGGCAUUUUCAUUUCUGAGGUCCUCCAGACAAUCUGUUUAUUGAGCAUUCAAUCUGAUUACAGAGCUUAGGUUAUAUUCAAUCUUUAUUGAGUAUUCAUUCUGAGUUCUUUGCAGGGAGCUUAUACCACAAUAAACAUUCUUCCUUAUUUGCUUGCAGGGCGUUUACAAAUCUCCUUUUUUUAAGUGGAUUUGUUGCACUAGGGUGGCAAGAGGGCUUUAAUCCAACAGGGCUUUAAUUGCACAGAACUAAAUUUCCAGGACAUGCUUGAAUCUUGCAGUGCUUUUCAUUCAGAGCCAGCAAAACACCAGCAGCUUGGUGUUAGCUGUUGUGUAUUUUGUUGCUGAAAGCCAUAUUCCAAAAUACCAAUAAAUAUAAAAUGCACUAAAAGCAA